CCCAUUUCAGCACGCAGUGGCAGUGGUGCAAAAUGCUUUGUGGUGCAUAAAAUUGACAACUCAAAAAGGUUCCCCAUUUCAUCCCGUAAUCUGUUAACUUAUUUUCUCACACAGCUCUAACAGUCUUUCGUAGUCUUUGUCUUAAUUUAUGUUUAACAUUUAGAUGGCUAUUUGCAUUCCCUGCCGGGAAUCUUCGGCCAGUGGAAUUUCUCAGGCAUGAUGGAAUAAUUUAUCUCCGCGUUUCUUUUUGUCUUUCAUAUGCUUUGCAGGACAGCAUACUGCAUCUUUGACUUGUGGUCCCGUUUGAUAAGCUAGCUGUGGCAGUGACAAAAAUAUCUCCAUUAUAUAAAGUUUUGUUUCUCAUUAAAUUAUACUUUACCUGUGCGGCUGAGAUGGGAAUGACUGGAUCUGGAAUGCGGUAAAGGAUAGAAGAUAUCCGGGAACCAGUGAUGUCUCCCGUUCGGACUACUAUGUCUCUUCAAUGCAGCCAUUUUGUCACCUUUUGAAAGAUUUGUCGAACAGCAUCAUUUCAUUGCCCUUAUGGAGAAAUGUUGAUCUACCGUUUGCAUGUUUUGAAAGUUUUGUAUUUAGUUGACCGAGCUGUAAAGUGACGACGAAAUCCGUACUAAUUUAUUGCGGACGCCGGUUGCCCCGUCAUGUCCUACGUUCCCCGCACCUCUACCCGCACUCGCACCGUAAAAGUUUUAACACCGGAACUGACCAUCGCAUCACGAGACUCUAUUAAAACCUCCCCCGCUGUCGCCGCCACCACCCCGCCCGCCUCCAAACCCGUCACAGAAACCAGUGAGCCGGAAUCGGAGGAAAUUCCCAUGGCAGCCAUUGAGGCCGGAUCGCCGCGGCCCGAACCAGUACUGGAUGGGGAGACCAGUGGGAAAGAGGAUCGCGAUAUUUUGGGCACCACGUUGGAAGGAAAACUGUCCAAUGGGACGCCUUCGGAGACAAAGGACAAAGAUGCUGUUGUGGUACUGGCCGAGACACCCCAAUCUGAGCAGAAACUUGUAAUUGCAUCGGCGUCCGCGCCGAAACCCACCGGAGCGGUGUCGCUCAGUCCCGGAUUGCUGAAAUUGAAGCCCGCGUCCGUCCCAGUUAAAUCCGCGGUUGUCGCGCCACAUGCUGGGACGUUUAUCCAUCCGGCACCUAAAACGGGUGUUCCAUUCAAACGCAAGCUAAAUUUCGACAUCACUAACGGCACCGUGACGAAGCAGAUCAAGACUGAGACCCUGAAAGUCAUCCCCGGAAUUGUCCACGCCUCAUCGUCUUCGCUUGCCGGCGAUGUUAAGCCCAUUUUCAGUGCGGUUACACCAGCAACCGGGGCGGGUGGAACACCUGUGGGAGCAACGUCUUCCUCCGCGGCUGCCGUUCCUGGGGUGCAGGUGGUCAAGAUCACCAUGCCCGGCGCGCCCAACACCACCACUCCCAUUCUCAAGAAGGACUUCAAAGCGCCAGCUCCGCCCACAGGCGUCGCCGCUACACCGACACUGAAACGUUCUGUCCCCCGCAAACUAUCAGGGAGAACGUCGGCAACGGCCAGCCGAUCCAGUAGUGUCAGCGGUGACAACGGUACAGAUGACUCGGAUGAUGAUUCGAACGGGAUGUCUUCUUCGCGCUUUGAUUCGUCAUUGAAUGUCAUUACCAAGAAGUUCUUUGAAUUGUUCAAGAACUCUCCAGACGGGAUUGUCGAUCUGAAUGAGGCCAGUUCGCAACUGCAUGUGCCCAAGCGAAGAAUUUAUGAUAUUACGAAUGUCCUGGAGGGAAUUGGUCUGACGAAGAAGAAAUCCAAAAAUCGCGUGGAAUGGAUCAAUAAAGAUGGGAGUAUUCAAGAAGAAGAGGAUUCUUCAGAUGAGGACCGCGCGCUGAAUCAAGCCUUGGAAGACGUAGAGAAGUUGACACUGGAACUGUUUCGGAAGGAAAAGAAGCAUCUGUAUGUCCGUCCAGAAGCUUUGAAGGAAAUCGAUUAUGUCCAUAACAAAACAAUUAUCUGCGUUAAAAAGCGAGCGGAUACAAAACUCAUCGUCUAUCCCAGUGAUCCGCGGCGUCUCAGUAUUGGCACAACCGCUGAUUACAGCCAGCAGAUGUGGCUGGUGCCGACGUUUUUGUGGCCGGGAUGGGAAGCCGGUGGAGAAACGGUUCGAGCGGCAGAAAUGCUGAUGUCGCCCAUCAAACAAGAGAGUAUUGAGCUACCGCCAGAAAUCAAACAAGAACCGAUAGAUGAAACGGCACUGCUGGAUGAUACACUGGACACCACACUGAACAACUCCAUCUGCUCUAACUCGGAGGCGGGAAUGGUCUUCAAUGAUUCUAUGCUUACUGUGUCGGAGCUAUCCGAUUCAACAUGCGGAGCCGGUCAUUCGCAGACAGACAGCGAUUAUUCGCAGAUCGACUACUCGCUGUCGCCGCAGAAAUACUGGCCACUUCCGGCAUCUCCGAACAGCGUCAAUCCCCCUCCGGAACUGCUGGCCAUGGAGCCCUUCGAGGGAUUCGAUUUCAUGUUCGGAUUGGAUUUGUCCGAGGAGGGCUUCGGCGAGAUGCUGCAGCUGAACUUAUAAGGUCGUCCUGCGGCAUAUGCUGAAGAUUGCCUGUGUCAGCGACUGAGAGAACACACCGCAAGGUCUUGUGAAUUCCGGUUAUGCGUUCCGUGUAGAGGAAACUGUUGUGUGUCAUUUCUCUCUUAUUAGCAUAAUUCCAACAGCCAAGGCAGUUUUAAGAUUUCAUGUGAACUAAUUUGAAUGUUUUGAAAUUCGCAGUUUGAUUAUAUGAAUGUUCAUUGUAAGUAUGUAAUUGUCUUAUGUUAGCGGGUUUCUUUUUUCUCAUCCUCUUUGCAUGGAUGUACGUGGUUUGUUUGCAAAUGUUUUGGAAUUUUUUUAUUGUCAUUCUUUUUGCAGUGUAGCCGCUGUUUGCACGUCAGCAAGAAUUGAAUUGUCGAUGCGUGUG